ACGCUUCUUUCGUUGUGUCAACUUUGCUGGUUGGUACAAUGCUAGGUAUAGUGAAGUAACUCAGAAACUACAAGCUCUGCAUAUUGAGGCCAUCUCAGAUGCUGAUCUGUUGCAGUGGGUGCAAGAUAAACAAGAAGUUGAAGUUGUUGACUUGGUUCUUCGUCUCAGAGAUAAAAUGAUGACGGCAGAAACCGAGAAGUUGCCUCUUUCUCCGGAGACAUUGACAAAGUUACAUGGCCACAUGGAAGGUAUAAUAGAAACACUUCCCGAUGACCUACGCAGUGUACUGAAGUCCAGUUGACCUAGAAGAGUUGGCUAACUAUAAGCUGGAUAUCAGUACCUUGUGAUAUUACCCAUGCUUCAAGUAUGCCUUGGAGGACAGAAGUGGUGUUUAAAAUGGUUUUGGUUCAGUGGAGAAUUCAUCAAGGAAACGGAUGUUACAAGUAGUGGUAUGAAAACUGAUGUUACAAGUAGUGGUAUGAAAACUGAUGUUACAAGUAGUGGUAUGAAAACUGAUGUUACAAGUAGUGGUAUGAAAACUGAUGUUACAAGUAGUGGUAUGAAAACUGAUGUUACAAGUAGUGGUAUGAAAACUGAUGUUACAAGUAGUGAUAUGAAACUGAUGUUACAAGUAGUGGUAUGAAAACUGAUGUUUCAAUUUCUAGUAUGGAAAAAAAUGUUACUAGUAAUAGUGUAAAAACAUGUUACAAGUAUUAAUCUGCAUGUACUACCUAAACUAACGUGUACCUUUAGGUAGCCUUGUGCGACAUCUGAUUUGGUAUGAUACUUUGGUUCAUGGCUUACAUGUCAUUACAACUGUUGCAUCUACCCUAAGCUAUCACAUUAAUUAACUGUAACUUCAGGUAGCUUGUGUACCUUUAGGUAGCCUUGUGCGACAUCUGAUUUGGUAUGAUACUUUGGUUCAUGGCUUACAUGUUGUUACAACUGUUGCAUCUACCCUAAGCUAUCACAUUAAUUAAC